CUUAUAUAAAGCCUGCUGACUGAAACGUAAGCUCUUCGAUUGCCAUACUCUUCUCCUUUCCAUUUCAUUUCGUCGAACGAGACGAUAAUUGAGCGAGGCGGUAGCAUCUGCGAGUCAUGGCAUCCUUCAAUUCUACCGGAAUCGACGAAGAUCAGGUUUUAGUGGAAGAGAAGCAGUCUGUGAGAUUGUUGACUUUAAACAGACCUAAGCAGUUGAAUGCUCUUUCAUCCAAAAUGAUUUCCCGGCUAUUGGAACUCUUUGUUUCCUAUGAGGCAGAUCCUGGUGUGAAGCUUGUGGUUGUAAAGGGGAAAGGAAGAGCAUUUUGUGCUGGGGGUGACGUGUCAGCUGUGGUUCGUGACAUUACACGGGGUGAUUGGAGGAUAGGUGCUAACUUUUUCCAGAAAGAGUUCAUCUUAAAUUAUUUGAUGGCAACUUUCAGUAAGCCACAGGUUUCUCUCCUGAAUGGUAUUGUCAUGGGAGGAGGGGCUGGUGUUUCAAUACAUGGUAGAUUCCGUGUUGCAACAGAGAAUUCGGUGUUUGCUAUGCCUGAAACUGCUUUAGGACUCUUUCCAGAUGUUGGUGCUUCUUAUUACUUGUCAAGACUUCCGGGAUUUUUUGGUGAAUAUGUUGGUCUAACAGGUGCUAGGUUGGAUGGUGCUGAAAUGCUUGCAUGUGGCCUUGCUACUCACUUUGUUGCUUCAGAGAGAUUGGCGCAGUUAGAGGAAGCACUUUGCAGAGCAGAUACAAGUCAGCCAAGCAUCAUUUCGGAAAUUAUUGAUAAAUUCUCCCAAACACCAAUUUUUAAAGAGCAAAGUGUUUAUCAUCGGUUGAAUGUUAUUGAUAAGUGCUUUUCUCGAAGAACAGUUGAAGAUAUUUUGGCUGCUCUUGAGGAGGAGGCACUGAAAAAUAAAGAUGAUUGGAUCUCUUCCACAAUUCAGGCCUUGAAGAAAGCAUCACCAACAAGUCUUAAAAUCUCUUUGAGAUCGAUCAGAGAAGGCAGACUUCAAGGUGUUGGUCAGUGUCUCAUUCGUGAGUAUAGAAUGGUUUGCCAUGUCUUGCGAGGAGAAGUCAGCAAAGAUUUCGUUGAGGGUUGCAGAGCUAUACUGUUGGAUAAGGAUAAGAACCCGAAGUGGGAACCCUCGAAGCUGGGGCUUGUCACCGACGAUAUGGUUGAGAGGUACUUCUCCAGGAUUGAAGACAAAGAGUGGGAUGACCUAAAGCUCCCUGCAAGAUCCAACUUGCCUAAUUCAGCCAUUUCAAAGCUCUAGUUACCAUGAGUUUUGCAACCUGCUCAAUAAAUAUAUAUAGUACCUGUCUAGCUGUCAAUGGCCAUACAUGGUGGGUGGGUUAGAUUGUCGGAAGUUAGCCUUUCACAAUAAAAAUAGUUGAUUAAUGUAUUCUAUAAUCAUUUAACAUAUGACAAAUAAUGCGGUUCAUAAUAAAAUUUGAAUUCUACA